AUGAGAGCUUCGACCUUGCUCGAGAAUGUUCACGCUGACUUUAACAGUGGGCUGUCCCUCACUAGGCCAUUUUCUAUAAGUGACUGUGCAGGAACUCAACCGAAUUUCAGACAGAGAUUGUUGCAGGGUGUACAAAAGCAUCAUAAUGCAUGUGUAAAUGCCUGUGAUUUGGAAAGUAUUGGACGUAAAAGAAGACUGCAAAUGCUAAACAGAUACUGGCUGACCGUGAAUCCUCUGGCAUAA